AUGGAGGAGUUUCGGGCGGAAACCACAGUUGGGCUCAUUGCAUGUUGUCAAUGCGGCUUACCCAUCCAGCCGAAUGCAGCCAACAUGUGCAGUGGGUGUAUUCGUUCCAAAGUUGACAUUACUGAAGGAAUAGGUAGAUCGGCAACUAUUUAUAUAUGUAAGUUUUGUGACCGUUAUUUCGUACCUCCAAGUGGUUGGAUGCGAGCAGAAUUGGAAUCAAAAGAACUGUUGUCGAUCUGUCUGAAGAAAUUGAAGCCACAGCUAUUGAAGGUGCGAUUGACCGAUGCCUGUUUCGUAUGGACAGAGCCUCAUUCAAAGCGAAUAAAAGUGAAACUAACUAUUCAAAAGGAGGUCUUUUCAAGCACAAUAUUGCAACAGACUUUUAUAGUCGAAUUUACCAUUCACAACCAGAUGUGUGAUGACUGCCGAAGAGCGGAAGCAAAAGAUUUUUGGCGAGCCUGCGUCCAAGUUAGACAAAAGGCUGAGUUUAAGAAAACUCUUUUCUACCUCGAACAACUCCUGCUCAAACAUGGUGCUCAUAGUCAGUGCACUGGAGUGAAGCCUGUCCCAACCGGAAUCGAUUUCUUCUUUGCUAAACUUCAAGAUGCUAGAAAAUUCGUUGAUUUUCUGAUGACGGUGUUGCCCUGUAGAUAUCAAUAUGCUCAGGAACUGGUGUCACAUGACACGAAAAAUAACACCUACGAUUACAAACAUACAUUCUGUGUGGAAAUCGUUCACAUAUGCAGGGACAAUAUAGUGUGUAUGCCAAAAAAGGUAGCCCAACAUCUUGGUAAUAUGAGCCAAAUUGCGAUUUGUCUUCGGGUUUCAAAUGUUAUUACCCUUAUUGAUCCAAGUAAUCUACAGAUGGCAGAUAUACAAGCAACGUCAUUUUGGCGAGAUCCUUUCGAUUCACUUUGCACACCCAAGCAGCUGUCCGAGUUUUACGUGCUCGACGUGGAUAUAGUGGAUAAUCUGGAUAGAAAAGCUGGUCAUGGCUUUGUCAGCAAAAAACAUGUUUUGGCGGACGUUUGGCUUGUGAGGAGCCACCAGGUGACUUUGUUCGGAUGUUUUGUUCUUGCCUUGUGUCUGUCUAAAGCAUUCGAUAUCCGCAAUUGUAAUGUGAACAAUACUGUCUUUGAUGAAAUGAAGCCCGAAGAUAUUCCAGACGUUGUCAUAGUGAAGAAGGUGUAUGAUCGCGCUCGACGAGUCGCGCAUCGAAAAUGGAAGUUGAAACGAUUGGUUGUCGAUGGAAACAUCAUUGGUAAUGAAACUGAAAGUGUCGCUGACGAGUUUCAGAGGUUUAUGGAAGACGUGGAAGAGGAUCCAUACAUGCGUGAGAAGAUCAACAUCUACAAGGAUGAGGAACGAAUUAACCAAGUGGAUGAAAGCGAUGAUGAGGCUAUUCCUGAUGCGCCAACUUUGGCCGAAAUGUUGGAUGACCUUAACAUUGAGGACAGCGAAAUGCAAGAAGCUCCUGAAUCUUUGCAUGAAGAGCCUAUGGAUAAGGCAUGA